AUGGGACUCAUGGCGCUCUCGAUGAAGAGUCUGAUUUGCGUCCUCCUCCUCCUCGUGACUCUCACUAGGUCUACCGCGGCGAUAAACGAAGAACGGAACCCAGCGCCGUCUCAGCCCUCGGCCUCAGCACGAGCCCGAGCCAAUCGCAUCCUGGCCGAGAAGCUCAGCAGCGAUCUCAAGCUUGCCAAGUGUCCAGAACCCUUGACUUCCUGUCCCCUCUUCUCGCCGGUUAAUCCUUCCUCACGAUCUCAUCAUUCGAGGCCUGCCGGUCACAAGAAGAAGAAAAUCGCCUGGGAAUGCUUGGAUCUUGCGCAAGAACUGACUGCUUGCGGCAGGUGUGAUAACGAUUGCAUGAAGCUGCCAAACGUGGAGAACGUUGGAUGUGAGAGUGGCAGAUGCAAAAUCUUCACGUGCAAGCCUGGACAUUCAGCAUACGACAAACUCGACCCUAUCACUGGAUCUACUAUCACCAGCUGUGUUUGA